CUCUCCCCAGCUCCGCCGGGGGACGGCUAUGUGCAGGCGGACGCCCGGGGCCCCCCGGAGCCCGAGGAGCACCUGUACGUCAACACCCAGGGUCUGGACGCCCCUGAGCCGGAGGACACGGCGCCCCUGCAGCCCAAGGACAGCCCCAAGAAGGAUCUGUUUGAUAUGCGACCCUUUGAGGAUGCCUUGAAGCUGCAUGAGUGCUCAGCGGCUGCGGGUACAGCAACCCCACUUCCCUUGGAGGACCAGUGGCCCAGCCCCCCCACCCGCCGGGCCCCAGUGGCGCCCACGGAGGAGCAGCUGCGGCAGGAGCCCUGGUACCAUGGCAGGAUGAGCCGCCGGGCGGCAGAGAGGCUACUCCGCGCGGACGGGGACUUCCUGGUGCGGGACAGCGUCACCAACCCCGGGCAGUACGUCCUCACCGGCAUGCACGCGGGGCGGCCCAAGCACCUGCUGCUGGUGGACCCUGAGGGCGCGGUGCGGACGAAGGACGUGCUGUUCGAGAGCAUCAGCCACCUGAUUGACCACCACCUGCAGAACGGGCAGCCCAUCGUGGCGGCGGAAAGCGAGCUGCACCUGCGCGGCGUGGUCUCCCGGGAGCCCUGAGCCACGUGCGUGGCCGCCACGGCCGCCGGCCUCGCCCUAUUUUCCAGGUUCCCGUCCUCAGCCCGGCUCCUGCCUUCGUGGCCUUGGGGCUCUCAGCCCUCCCCUGGAUCCUGGUCAGGCGGGAGCCUCUCCUUCCUCCGCAUGAGCCUCAGGCAUGGUCCUUCCUCCAGCCGCCCAGGGCUGGGCAGAGCUUCCUGACGGCCGGGGCCCCUGCCCACCCCUCCUCCGCCUGGAGUGAGGGUGUUCAUACCAAAGACGAACCGUUUCUCGCCUUUAAAGAAAACGUCUCCAUAAGCGGCUGCUGCCUGAGGCCCGUGGGGGCCCCUCUGGCCAGGCGGGUUUGGUCUAGCGCCCGGAGCGAGGGGCUCCCAGGACCCCGUGGAGGAGGCGGGCUCUGGGCCUGGCUGGGCUCACUUUUCCCGCCCAAGGAACUGGGCGCAUAGUUGUCUUUGAGGGGGGACAAUUAAGGUGCUUUGGGGUUCUCAGGCUGGGACAUGGGCUGAUGUUGAAGUGGGGGCAGCCUUGGGGUCACCUGGGAUGAUGGGCGCAGCCAGGCCCCUCCAAGACAGUGGAUACGGGGCGGCCGUGAGGCCCCCAUCCCCCCUGGGAGCAGGAGGAAGGACGUGGCUGCCGGCCUGGGAUGUGCCCACCAGUUUCCCCCACUGCCCUCCCAGCGGUGGACCGAGACUGGACAUUUGCAACCUGGGAGUGACCACAGGACAGGAGCCCACCUGCCCCCCUGGGGGCCCUGUGGGGCUGAGGCUGGGAGGCUCCUCCCAGGUGCAGAGCUGGAGAGGCUCACAGGGACCACGUCUGGCUUCCCUGGGGGCCUGGACUUGGGGAGAAGGGAGGUGGCGCCAUGCGUGUGCUCAUGCCUGGCAGGUUGUGGGGUGGCCCCUCUGCCCAGCAGCCCCCACGUCUCUUUCGGUUACCUCUGUUUUAUCCAGGAUAAAACACACUUAAACUUCUCCAUUAAACAGUUCUCCCACCUGUUUGGAGACACCGUUUUAUCACCGGAAAGCCAAACCUCUCCCUCAACACAGCCCAAUGCGCCGUCGGGCAAGAGCUUUGCUUUCUUCUCCACGAUGCCCCCAGCGUGGCCCCAGACGGGGCCUGACCCUUCUGUCAUCCCAGCGUCUGUUCUGUGUCUCAGGACACCCCCUUGAUGCCCCUGCUCCUGACGCGCGGCUUCAUGCUCAAGCACGCCAGCCUCCGUGUCUCAGACCUGCCAUGUUAUAUCAGCCUCUGCCUCCAAGAGCCCCCCCAGCUUCUCCCACAAACACAGCAUCUUCCCAGGGGAGAGGUUCCCAACCUCGCCACGUCCCUGCUGGCCCACGUCUCUCAAGGGCCCAGGAUCUCUGGGGAGGGGAGGAUCUCUGACUGCUUUCUCUGCAGUUGGCAGGCCCUCCCUGCUGCUCUGGGGGACAGGUCUAGUAAGGGUGUGUGUGGGGAGUAAAAGCCACUCUGGUUUGUCCUUAACCGGGACUGGAGCCUUCAAAAGG